AUGUCCCAUACGGAGCCGACCUCGAUCUUCGGCUCGGGCCCCGGCCACGAGGCUCUACGCAUUAGCUUUAUCGUAUUUAUGUCCGUCGCCCUCUACAAUGCCCUCGAGCUAUCCAUCCUCAUCCCAUUGAGCUUCCACCGGUACAACAGUUUAUAUUUCUGGGCGCUGAUGACAUCCGCCGUACUCGGUGUGAUCCCCUCCACCAUCGGACCGUGCUUACAGUUCUUCGAUCUCAUACCGUUAUGGCUGAGCAUGCUGUUGUCGAACAUUGGGUUUUUCAUGAUGGUCCCAAACCAGUCGGUGGUGCUUUACUCGCGAUUACAUUUGGUGUCUCAGAAUAAACUGGUGCUUGCUUUCGUGCGCGGGUUGAUCGUAUGGGGUUUCUUCAUGGUCGCGGUGCCAACGACUGUGUUAAACGUCGGCUCGAGCUACGUGCCACAGUCGCAGCCAUGGGUGCACGGCUUCGAGGCGAUGGAACGCAUCCAGGUGACUUGGUUUACCGUGCAGGAGACCUCCAUUUCCCUCAUAUAUAUCUGGUACACCAUGUCCAUGAUUCGGCUUAGCCCUGACGAAGAUAAGCGGCGACACAAGAUCCUGUACGAGCUCGUGAUUAUCAACAUUAUGGCCAUUGUCAUGGAUAUAGCUCUCGUGCUGCUCGAGUACCUGGGAUUCUAUUUCAUGCAGGUCAUUCUCAAGGCGACCAUCUACAGCAUCAAGCUGAAGCUCGAGUUCGCCGUGCUGAGCAUGCUGGCCUCCAUCGUGCAUCCGCCCAGGUCCGACCCACCCACCUGGGGGACUAACUGCACCAUGUCGACUUUCUCGUAG